AACAAUCCAACGAUGACAGCAAAUUGAAACCAGUGGUAAAAAUGAAAAAAGAAUCCGGAAGUGGUGCACGUCAUUUUCAUUGUAAUGAUUGGCGUGAAAUGCUCGCCUUGGUAAAUACAUCUGGCAAGGUUCCUGUUAGCAAUUGUACGACUCAAACGGAUAAGGAUGUGUCACCGAAAUAUUUUACGCAAGAAACACUCGAUGUAUGUGCAACGCCAACUUUAGUAACUAGUACAGUACAUUUGAGAACAAGGGCUACUAGUUCAACUGUGAGUUUAUUAUCAUCUUUUGUUUUAGAUUGUUUGACUUAA